AGUGAUAUUGUUUUGUAACGAUGGUGUCUAGAGUCUAAACUUGGCCUGCUAUAGAUUUAUUAGCAAGUUCACGUGUAAAAUAAUCAAUUGUCGAGAAAAUAAACUGCCUGUUUACUUUAAAUUUUUGUUUACUUUUAACAAAAGACUGCAGCCCGUGGGUAUAAUCGCAAGUUUAUUGAUUUUAUUUAUUUCUAAAAAAUGUCCAAGCAGAAUUUUAACACGGACUGGGAUGUCGAGAAACACAAAUUGGAGUAUGAGUGCGACGAUCAUUGGGAGUUGAGAAAAAACUUCCUUGAGGCUCACAAAAAUGAUUACCCUGAGGACCAGUUGGUUUGUUUGGCCCAAGUGUUUACUAAUAUUGAGCUUCUGGGAUGCAAGUAUCCUAAAGAAACGAUGGACUUGGUAGCAGAGCUGUCGCAAGAUGUGGCGAGAGAUUUUAGGGAGAAGCAAAAGUCGAAAUUGCAGAGGACGUUUGUCAAAGCUUCCGACGCCGCUAGCUCCAAGGUGAAAGGACAUAAUACUCCUCACACCGACGCCGCGUCAACAUCCACGAGUAAAAGAUGUAGCGAUGCCGAAGAUAAUCCCAGUAAAAGAAUGAAAAUAACGAGUCAGCCAUUUGGUAAUUUAGUUUUAUUAGAUUACCCGAAUAGUUCUCCUCAAAUGACUCUGGAUUCUUCGGUGAAAAUGAGUGGCCAGCGAAUCGAGUGGAAGUUUCAUAUGGCACAAAUUCUUCAAUGUCGGUGUGAGUUUUUUAUAAAUGGUAAGAAAGUGUCCGAAGGAGCUGGCAGUACAAAGAAAGCAUCGAAAGCUGAUGCUGCCAAGAAAGGUCUAGCUGUUCUUCAAAAAUAUUAUUAUACUAUUGAGAUAAAAGACGAUUGGAAAGUUAACUUGAGUGGGAAACAAUCAGAAUUAAAGGCAGAUGACCCUAAUGAUAAUUCGCUUCAAUCAGAUGGUGUUGGAGCUAAACUGAUGAAGUUGAUGGGCUGGGCUGGCGGUGGUCUAGGGAAGUCGGAGCAGGGUAUCACUGAACCCGUUACACUUAAGCGACAAAUAUCGCGAUCAGGGUUCGGAUUGAAGUUGACCUCGGAUAACAUGGGUCUGUUCAAGAGAAAAUGCCAGCAGACGUUGUAUCAAUACAUACGAGAAAGCGAUACACAUAAUUACCUAGUAUUUGCUGAUUUCACAAACGAUGAACGCGCAAUUAUGCACGAUUGUGCAAGAAGAAUGGGAUUAAAAUCACAAAGUCAUGGUACUAAGGAUCAGAGAACGUUAUUGAUAACGCGUAAGCUAGAGCCGAGUGAUCUUGUUAAGGAAUUAUUAAAAAUUGGUGGGAUCACUGAUAAAUAUAUAUUAAAAGCUCCUACUGAUGAUUAAAUAAGCUGAUAAAUUAUAUAUAAUUUUAAAAUAUAAAUAAUUAAACUGAAUAAAGUUUUUUUUUAAAUCAA